UUUUUUGCAAUUUUCUCUUUUUUCGAUAGGAUCCGUUGCCAUGGUACCGCUUGUCUAGCUAUCUUGUCACAAACAUACUCCUGUAGCGCAGGGUGCUGAACGGGAAACGAGCAUCAAGUGGGCAUAAACUAUGUCUCUGAGGUUUAGCAUUGACCAGCCCUUCUUCGUUGUCGCCGCCCGAUUUGCAAUCAGCAAUCAGCACUUCCAUGUCUCCCUUUCCCCAAUGUUCCACCAUCGCCAUGGCUGUGCCUGGCCCUUUCUCAUCCCCCUCCUGCUUCUGCUUUUCCCCUUUGAUGAAUCUUCUCUCUUGCGUGGAGAAGCGGCGGUUGCCGACAGCCACAGGGUCGUCCUGUACCCGGAGUCCGCGACGGUCUCUUCCAUCGUGAGCAGCAAGUACAGGACCGCCUACCAUUUCCAGCCCCCCAAGAACUGGAUCAACGAUCCAAAUGGACCUCUGUAUUACAAGGGCUUGUACCAUCUCUUCUACCAGUACAACCCCGGCAGUGUUGUCCCGGGCAACAAGACCUGGGCCCACUCGGUCUCCAUCGACCUCAUCAACUGGCUCCGGCUCGAGCCGGCAUUGGACCGGACCGAGCCCUACGACACCAAGGGCUGCUGGUCUGGCUCGGUCACCGUCCUCACCGAUGACCGGCCGGCCAUCCUCUACACCGGCGCGGAUGACGUGAAGAACCAGGCCCAAUGCAUCGCCUUCCCGAGUAACAGCUCCGACCCAUACCUCAGGGAAUGGACCAAGCCCAGCAGCAACCCUGUGAUCCGGCCGGAUGGGCCGGGCCUGAACCCAAAGCAGUUCAGGGACCCGACGACCGGGUGGACCGGGCCGGACGGGCGGUGGAGGAUAGCAGUUGGGGCCGAGCUGGACGGCUACAGUGCAGCACUCCUGUACAAGAGUGAGGACUUUGUGAGUUGGAGCAGGGUUGAUCACCCACUCUACUCCUCCAACUCAUCCACCAUGUGGGAGUGCCCCGAUUUCUUCGCGGCGCUGCCCGGCAACACCAGCGGACUGGACCUCUCCGCGGCGAUCCCGAAUGGCGCCAAGCAUGUUCUCAAGAUGAGCCUAGAUUCCUGUGACAAGUACAUGGUUGGGGUAUAUGACCUGGAAGCCGAUAAGUUUGUGCCAGAUAAUGUCGUGGACGAUAGGCGUCUGUGGCUGAGGAUCGACUAUGGCAAUUACUAUGCAUCGAAGUCAUUCUUCGAUGCAAAGAAGGGGAGGAGGAUCAUAUGGGGCUGGGCAAAUGAGUCGGAUAGUUCGUCGGAUGAUGCCUCAAAAGGUUGGGCUGGGAUCAUGGCGAUCCCCAGGACUAUAUGGUUGGACAGCGAUGGCAAUCAGUUGCUGCAAUGGCCCGUUGAAGAGGUCGAGUCCCUUCGAAGAAAUGAAAUCAGUCAUCAAGGAAUAGAGCUGAAAAAGGGUGACAUGUUUGAGAUCAAGGGGACAGAUACUUUGCAGGCAGAUGUGGAGAUAGAGUUUGAGCCAGGAACCAUGGAUGGGGCUGAAACUUUUGAUCCUUCCUGGCUCUUGGACACGGAGAAGCAUUGCAGGGAAGCAGAUGCUUCAGCUCCUGGUGGCCUGGGGCCAUUUGGGCUUGUGGUUGUAGCCUCUGAUAACCUGGAGGAGCACACUGAUGUGCACUUUAGAGUCUACAAAUCACAGCACAAGCACAUGAUUCUUAUGUGCUCUGAUCUAAGAAGAUCGUCCCUGAGGCCAGGGCUGUACACACCAGCCUAUGGAGGCUUCUUCGAAUUUGACCUUGAAAAGGAAAGGAAGAUAUCUUUAAGAACAUUGAUUGAUCGUUCGGCGGUGGAGAGCUUUGGUGGUGGCGGCAGGGUCUGCAUCAUGGCUAGGGUCUACCCGGCCACGCUGGUCGACGACAGAGGCGCUCGUAUGUAUGCUUUUAACAAUGGCACGGCCAUGGUCAUGGUGUCACAGCUCAAGGCAUGGAGCAUGAAGAGGGCACAUGUGAAUGUGAAGAAGGGAUCAAGUACUUACCCAGCAGAGCAAAAGGCUAACAGACAGUAGUGCAAAGAUGUUACUCCCUCUGUAAAGAAAUAUAAUACCCUUUAGAUCACUUACAGAGGGAGUACUUGAUUGGCCUCUAGUCCAUACUAUUGUGAAAUGUCACGAAUGUGGACUACUUACUACUCCCUCCGUUCCCAAAUAUAAGUCUUUAAGAGGAUUCCACUAUAGGCUACAUACGAAGCAAAAGCAAAAUGAUGAAUCUACACUCUGAAGUAUGUCUAUAUACAUAUGUAUGUAGUCUUUAGUUGAAUCUCUUUAAAAGACUUAUAUUUAGGAACGGAGGGACUAGUUACUAGUCAUAUCGUUAUGGUGCAAAAUUAUGGUUGUGUGCAUUGCAUGAAGCUGAGGCCAGGAGGAUGAUAUUUUACAAACACUGUACUUGUUUAUGUCAAAAGUGCAAAGGCAUUCUUAGCACUGGUGCUUCACAUUUAUAUGCUGUUUGAGUUGA